CAUUUUUAUUCGUCGUCGCCGUCGUCAUCAUCUUUCAUUUUAGACAUUUCUUUAGUCCUCGCGCAUUCUUUCUUUUCUUAUUCACCCGCCAUUGAAAUCCCCCUAACCUCUGACCUCUUCACCACCUUCACCUUCCUUCUUAGCCCUAACCUCUUCAACAAACACUCUCUCUUCAACAACAACCACUCUCAUCUCACUUUCUCCCUUCAUCAUCACCAACCAACCAACCAACCGACCUUCCUUCUAUUCCUUUUCUCUUCCUCGAAUCUCCCCGUUUCAAGAUAAGAGGGGGCUUUGUUUGGAAGAAGAGUUGGUGUGUUUGGGGGUCUUCAAAGGUUUACAGAUUGGUUAGUGCAAGUGAUAUGCAGCAAAGAAUACAAAAUCUCAUUUCGGGCUUUUGAAAUAUGGGAUCUGUGUGUUGUGUUGCGGCAAGAGACAAGACUGUUGGGGUUGGAUCUGGUAGUGAAACGCAGCAUAGGAAUAUUCGUCACUCGCCGAGUUGGAGCUUUCGGUGGGAUCAUCCUGGGCGUGUGAUUGGUGAGGAAGUUUCCCUGAAUUCGAUUUCAGAUGGAGUAAGUAGAAAUGAUAGGCCAGAGUUCAAAUAUGAGUCCUCAUAUGCUUCAGAAGAGGGUAGUCCAUUGGAACAUUAUCGUAGACAGACAUGGAAAAACUCCUCAGUUUCUGAAGGAAGCACGACGAAUGUGAGGACUCCUACAUCAGGUCGUUCAAUUUCAAGAAAUGUUUCCACGGAUGUUAGUUUGGAACAGGUGAAGAAAGCCACAGAAAAUGCAACAGCUUCUACAUCUCCUGCAAAAGUAUCCCUUUCAAUCCCUUCAACUUCAUCUUUGUCAACAUCCCCUCUAUCAACCCACAGUCACAUUCCUUCCACCGGUCUGACCACAUCGAGAUUGUCUCACUGUUCUCCCGGGCAUCGAUUGUUACGUCAAGUAUCUGGUAACCGCAUCCCAGCAUACAAGUCACCAAGUAGCUACACAGUUUCAGAGGACAGGCGUGCAAUCCCUGGGAGCAAUGAUUCAUUACGGGGAUCGCAUGGUGGGUCUUCUGAUGGUUGGUCUAUGAAUGCUUUCUCUGAGCUCAUGGCAACUUCUCAUAGGGGAAGAUGGUCCUUUGGCAGUGAAUCCUUUGACUUUGCUCGUGAGAAGAUGGUUAGAUCCUGCAGCCUAUUCUCCACUUCACCUUCUGCUGAUUCGCAAACUUGCGGAAUUUGCUCAAUGUUGUUGGUUGAGAGAUCUUUAUGGACCAGCCAAAAGAUAAUUGCUAACAAUGAACUGUCUGUUGUUGCUGUACUAACAUGUGGACAUGUUUAUCAUGCUGAGUGUUUGGAGAGUAUGACACCUGAAAUUAGCAAGUAUGAUCCAGCCUGCCCAAUAUGUUCAUUUGGUGAAAAGCAGACACUAAGGAUGUCUGAAAAGGCACUUAGAGGUGAAUUAGAGUCGAAAAUUAGAAAUAAGAGGUUAAGGAAUCGCAUUGCUGAUAGCGGUCUUGAUAGCGAAUCUGCCAUGCUUGAUCAUUUUAUAAAUACUGGACAACAAGGGAAGUGUCCUAAGUUGUCUUCUAGCUCCAGUUUGAGAGGUUCUUCAGGGAGGGGUUUCUUGAGGCGUCACUUCUCCUUUGGCUCAAAGGGAGGGACUAAAGCCCUACCAGAAAGUAACAACACGGCGAAGAGAAAAGGAUUUUUAUGGUCAAGAUCUACUAAGAUGUGACAUUUUCUAUAAUUUCUUAUGGGAGGUUCCGCAAUUCACCUCUGAUAGGUAGGCUGGUACACAAAGUGAAGAAUGCAAGAUAGAAUUGACUAAGGGGAUACACUACAACAUCCCUAGGUUUGGAUAGUUGGAUAAUUCUUUAUGAAAUUUAUACAGGCUUAGUUUGUGGAGUCAACAACACUGUAUAUAAGAACGUAGGGUAAAAGAAGUAACAGUUCAGAUAAACAAGAUUGAAAGAAUUGAAUUGCAUCAUGACGCAUUAGAUUGGCGAUUCUCAUUCUUAUCUUGUACAGUUCGAUAUGUUUUGACGUGGACCAUUGUAGGCAUUCAUCAAACUUAUGUUAUGAGUUCUGAUAGACUACCUCUGAUUUUUUUUUUUUUUUACUCAAGCAAGAUAUCAUUUUCUCUGACCAUGGGUAGCUAUCGUUUUGCCUCUGCAACCAACAAGGAAACAUCAGGUACGAUCAGUGGACUCCAAUCUUUUCUCAAUUACGGGCUUUUCUUGAUUUCUCAUUGGACUGUAAAAAUUGGAAUAGUAUUGACUGACCAAUAGUUCAACCUGUGUUCCAACUUUAAUUUUCUUGUACUUUUAAGAGUAAACCACAUGUGGGUUACUUCGUCUUGAUUAGUCCUGUCUCUAGAAACUCCUUGUUCUUGCUUGGCAUGUAUGGUAAAAACUUGUAUUAAGUUUGAGAAUAUAUUUGGCUUGUGCUGACGCUCCUACUCCUACAAUUUGGCAAGAAUUGACCUGACCUCACAAAAGUUAGAAAAGCCAACAUAGACAAGAUAGAUAUGGUUCUUAAAUAUGUUGGAUUUGGAUUGGUUUCAUUUCGGAAGCUGACACCUGUUCCUUAAAUCUCUUACGUGGCAAUCUAAAAAAGAUGACGUGUUAGGCUUAGACAGGUACUCAGCUUCUGCUUUAUGAUUAUUUUUUGUCUGGGAGUGGAAUAUGUGGAAUGAGAAUAGAGAAAAUGGUUGAUGUACGGGACGAGCGUGGCAACCAUCCGACUCACCGACAAGCAUGGCAACCCCAUCCAACUCACCGACGAGCACAACCCGGUAGUGCUGACUGAUGAACAUGGCAACCCCAUGUGGCUCACUGACAUCGAAACCAAGGUUGGCACGUCACUCGUGUCACUGAUGUUUGUGGUGGCGGCGGCGGCGGCGGCAAUGACUGCUUCUGAUGUUAAAGGUAGUUAAAAGCAGGUGGUUCAGGAGGUGGCUUAUGGCGACGGUUAGCUGCCGUUGCAGCCACAUGAGGAGGAUGAAGAUUGUGGCUCUAGUUCCCCCGCCCUGUCUACCACUUCAGGCUCUGGUUCGGUGAGUCCAACUUUUUGAACUAUUACCUGUCGUUUCACUUUGGAUAUGUUCGAGAUCAAAAUUCACUUUUGUGAUUUUCGCUCUCUCA